AUGGAUGCUCUUUCUUUACUUCCCUAUUUCAAAUUUUGGACAUACAUAUUCUUUCUCAUUCCAUCAAGUCUAUGUUCAUUUCUUGUUCUUUAUUAUCUACUUUUCAAUAAACAUCAACGUCAUGCUCUUCAUAAUCAUAUGAUUAUUCUUCUUCUUUGCAUUUGUCUCAUAUGUCAACUAACUAUUUAUCCGUGGAUGCUCUUUUUCUACACUCAUCAUGGAUAUUGGCAAAGAUCAUGGAUAUUCUGCAGUAUAUGGACAUUCAUCGAUUGGGGAUUGUUUAUCAUGCAAGCCGUGCUCUUCGCUUGGACUUCUAUAGAGCGACAUAUUCUAAUUUUUCAUGAUCGGUGGCUCACAACAAGAAGCAAUCGUUUUCUAAUUCACUAUCUCCCACCGAUUUGUCUGACACUUUAUUGUUUCAUUUGGUAUGGUUUUACUUAUUUAUUUCCACUUUGUGGCAACAGCGUCGUUAAUUAUUAUACAACAGCAUGUAUGAAUAGUUGUCUGUAUGAUAGCAAUAUAUUCAGUCUUUGGGAAACGAUUGUAAAUCAACUGUUAAUGAACUUGAUUAUAAUUUUAUUCAGUCUCGCUUUGAUUCUACGCAUUCUUUGGCAACAUCAUCGUGUACGUCGACGAGUUCAAUGGCGAAAGCAUCGAAAGAUGACUGUUCAAUUGUUAUCCAUUUCAUUUUUAUAUUUGAUCUUCUCUUUUCCGAACUCGGUCCUGAUUUUACUAAUGCUUUGCGGUUUCGCAUUGACUGUUCAUAUCGAAAUAAAAAAAUAUGCAGAAUUUUGCAGUUAUUUGGUCAUUCUAUUCUUUCCAUUCGUUUGUAUCUUACCAUUAUCGAAUCUACGAAAGAAAAUUAUAAAGUUCUUUACACUGACACAGCAUCGACAUGCCGCGCGUAUUCAUCCGACAACUCAACAUCGUCAGUAA